CAAUGGCUCUGCGUCUCGUUGUCGACUUCGAUCUCCGGAAGGACGUGCUGCCCGAGCUGCGGGCGCAGCGGGCGGCGCCUGCGGCCGCCGGGGCCCGAAAUAGCGGCGCAGAUGUUUUUGAAAAUAAUUACGACAGCUUACGUAUACUAAAUGUUGAAAGAAAUGGAAAUAUUAUUUAUACCUAUAAGGAUGAUAAGGGAAAUGUCUUCUUUGGAUUAUAUGAUUACCAAACCAGACAAAAUGAGCAUCUCUAUACCUUUGAGACAGACUUGCAAGUUGUCAGUUGCUCUGUCAACAGUGAGAGAACUUUGCUUGCUACAAGUUUAGUCCAGUCUACUAAAGAAGGAAGAAGGAAUGAGCUUCAACCAGGAUCAAAGUGUUUAACUUUGUUAGUGGAAAUCCAUCCCCUUAACAACGUGAAGGUUCUAAAAGCAGUGGAUAGCUAUAUUUGGGUACAGUUCCUCUACCCACAUGUUGAAAGUCAACCUCUUUCAGAGAACCGUCUGCUACUGAUUUCAGAAGAGAAAUAUAUUGAACAAUUUCAUAUUCAAGUCAUCCAAGAAGAUGGAAAUAAAGUGGUGAUUAAAAAUUCUGGACGUCUCCCAAGAGACCGAGUAGCUGAGGAUUUUGUUUGGGCUCAGUGGGAUAUGUUAGAGCAGAGACUAUAUUACAUUUACCUAAAGAAAUCAAGAAGUUAUUUAAAUUGCAUUCAGUUUAAUGGUGCUGAGAACUUUACUCUAAUGUUUGAAGCACCCUUGGACAUAUCAUUAAAUGACUCAGGAUUUAAGCUGGUCAACUUUGGAUUUGAUUAUCUUCAAGACCAAGAGGAAUUAUCCAAACACCUGACUCUGUGUGUUUUUACCAACAAUACAGGAAGCUUGUGUGUAUGUUACAGCCCGAAGUUUGACUCUUCAGAACAGAUCACAUACUCAGUAUUUUACUUUCAUAAAGGGUUCAGCAAAACCUUCACUGCUGCUCUUGGGAGUGCUGACUCACAUGUGACAAAGGGAGUUACUUUUCUCAACCUUGACUGUUAUGUGGCUGUUUACUCACCAGGUCAUUUCUUUCAUCUACUUAACAUUCAACAUCCAGACUUCAUCUGUCACAGUCUCUUUCUGAUAGGAGAAAAUGAAAUGAUUGAUAUACUACCUCAUAGUCCUUUACAGUCACUGUCAGGGUCCCUGGUACUGGACUGGAGUUCUGGCAAGCUCUACAGAGUACACCUCCACCAGUCAUGUUUGUUACAGUUCCUGUGGAACAGCCCCCUGGACUAUGAGAAGAUGGCCGCAUUGCACGGUCUGCUCUCCUGUCGCGGACACUCACAGUUCCUGGAAGCUCAGAUCAUUCAGUGGAUUUCUGAGAACAUCUGUGCCCGCCAUUCAUUCGACCUCAUUCAGGAAUUUAUAAUCGCUUCUUCAUAUUGGAGCAUAUAUCCAGAGAUGAGUAAUGUAGAUAAACUUCUGCCAUAUACCUCAGUGCUCACUUGGAAUACAGAAAUUCCAGGACUAACCCUUGUGACAGAAGACAUCACGUUGCCUCUUAUGAAGGUGCAUAGCUUUAAGGGCUACUGGGAAAAACUGAACUACAACCUAGAAUUUGUGAAGUAUGCCAAGCCACACAUCCGCUAUAACAACAACGUGAUCAGGAGAGAGUGGAACAGCCUGAUCUCGGAAGAGAAAACAGGAAAAAGGAGAUCCACACCAUAUUUGAGGACUAUUCUUGAUAAUGCAAUAAAGGUGAUUUCUAACCUAAAAGCAAGGAAUUCGGAGCCAAGAUUAGCACCCUUCUUCCAGGAGGAGGACAACCACCAGAGGCUGCAGAUGGGGCUGAUGGUAUCUGAGCUAAAAGACUACCUUUUGCAACAUCUACAAGGUGUAGAAAAGAAGAAAAUUGAACAGAUGGUUCUGGACUACAUUUCAAAACUGCUGGAUCUCAUUUGCUGCAUACUGGAAACCAGUUGGAGGAAACAUAAUCUUCAUUCCUGGGUUCUACACUUUGAUAGGCAUGGCAGUGCUGCUGAAUUUGCUGUCUUUCACCUCAUGACCAGGAUUUUGGAAGCUACCGAGAGUUUGUUUUUACCUUUGCCUCCUGGUUUUCACACUCUGCACCUAGUCCUGGGUGUCCACUGUCUCCCUUUGCAUAACCUGCUGCAUUACAUCGAUAAUGGAGUGUUGCUUCUCACAGAAACAGCUGUCACAAAGCUCAUGAAAGAUCUGGACAAUACAGAGAAGAAUGAGAAACUAAAAUUUAGCAUCAUUGUGCGGCUUCCUCCGCUUAUUGGUCAGAAGAUCAGUCGUCUUUGGGAUCAUCCUAUGAGUUCCAGUAUUAUUUCACGGAACCAUGUGAAACAAUUGCUUCAGAACUAUAAGAAACAGCCUCGGAAUUCCAUGGUUGACAAGUCAUCAUUCAGUGUAGAAUUUCUGCCUCUGAACUACUUCAUUAACAUACUGACAGAUAUAGAGUCCUCCAAUCAAGCUCUCUAUGCUUUUGAAGGACAUGACAAUGUGGAUGCAAAAUUUGUAGGGGAAGCAGCCCUGAAACACACCACAAUGCUUUUAGGCUUAUGAAAGAGCAACUGCAA